AUGAAGCUCACCGAUGAGCAGUUAGAUAUGGUCGGGAUCGCGGGGCGUGUCACCUCGGUCCUAUCUAUUCUAGGGUCAUUCGUUAUCAUCGGAGCAUUUUGUUUAUCGCGAUACUUUCGAAGUCCAAUCCAUCGGAUCAUCUUCUUCAACGCCUUUUAUAACUUGAUAGACUCGGCUGGGACGAUGAUAUCAGUAUCGGGGCCUGCGGCAGGUGAUACUUCGUCCUUGUGCCAAUUCCAGGGAUUUGCCCUUCAAAUGUUUCCACUUGCAGAUGUUCUCUGGACAUUGGCAAUGAGUCUUGACACAUACCUCGUCGUUUUCCAUCACUUCGACGCACAUUCCUUACAAAAGCUUGAAAUCAAAUACCUCGGAGUGAUCUCCGCGUUGACCGGCAUACCCGCCAUUGUCUUUCUUUUCAUCAGAACUCCUGCUAGAGGCCCAAUUUAUGGUGGCGAGACUAUUUGGUGUUCUAUAUCCCCUCGUUGGAUGCUAGUUCGCAUCGUACUUUACUAUGUUCCUGUGUGGAUCGUCAUAUCUAUUGUGGUGAUCAUUUAUUUCUUGAUCGGUAUCGAAAUCUCAAGGCUGCGCGACGAGUUCAAACUCACCGAAGACGAUCACAUCGCUCUUACCUCCCAAUCGACGAGCAUCCGACCUUUCGAUAAUAACGACAGUUCUGUGACAACUAUUGUUGAAUCAGACAUGAAUCACAAACCCGCACUUGUCCCUGAGGCCCACAUUAUAAGCCAAUCGUCCUUGGAGCGAACCUCCACCUUGCGACAACCUGCUAGGCAUUUCACACCCGCCGAUCAUAGCCCACCAACCCAACGACGCAUGUCUUUCAAACAAUAUAUCCUCAUGCCGUCACUGUUCUUCCUGGCCCUUCUGGCAACAUGGGUUACGCCAACAAUCAACCGUGUUUCUUUGUUCAUUUCCCCGAAUAAUCACUCAUAUCCACUGCUGUUGGCUGUGAGUGCAUUGGGGUCCUUGCGUGGGUUCUGGAAUGGUAUCAUCUUUAUCACCAUGGGAAUGAAAGGGUGGAAGAGAAGAGCUAUAGAAAGAAAGAAUUUCAAGAAACAAGUAGAUGAGAAGGGGUAUUCGAUAAAUCACUGAGCGCAUUAUGAUCGAUAAUACAUAAUUAGUCUUCCACUGAUGUUCCAAGCCAUUGCCUUCCCCGGGAAACCUCGGCGCUGCAGGGCACAAUCAGAGUACACAAAGAUCGCCUAUAGAGUAGGUUCAUCAAAAGCCGUGCAGGACUUUGAGCAUCAUCACACACCCUGGAUGGCUACCGCGAUAGCUCAAAUAGAGCUCUGCCACCGGUUUCGCUUCAACAUGACUCCAAUGAAACAACUCGACCAAUCAAGAAAGAAAUUGGCGAUCUGAAUUGUUUGGGAAAGAAAAGCGAAAGGCACAACGUGCGUUCAGCCCGUCGAGGAACCGAGAUAUCCCGAAUGAGAUGGUCCUCUUCGGAAUCAUGGAAUGAAGCAUCGGUGGCUUGGAUUAGAGUUAAGAAUUAGGUUCUCGCUCAACUCUCGAGGAUCCGUUGUGUAACAGCGG